AUGACUUCAAGAGGCAGCCAGUCGAAUAACCCAUCUGGAUCCAAAUUCAUUGGAGGGAGUCAGCACCGUCGUACAGGCUCGAAAAAUUGGUCACAUGUCAAUGUAUCUUCAGCACCCAAUUCCAGUGCGUCCACUUUCGCGGCCAAUGGAAGAAAGGCAAAUAGCGCCGCUCAGGUGAGCACAACGCAGGGUAAUCAACCUGCGUAUCAUCUGGCGAACUCAGCUCAGGACCAAGAAGCAUCGUUGAGGCAUAUGAACGAUCGAUUAUUGUUUGGACUUAUCCGGAGUAUUGGUUGUAAGAGUAAAAUAACUACCAGCUCCGGAGCUACUUAUGAUGGGAUUUUAUACACUACUGGUGACAUCACGAAUUCAGGAGUUGGCUUAAUUUUGAAAUACCCGCAACUGAAAAAAGGCUCGUUUACUCCAUCAGAAGAGGUCAAUAAUAAAGCUGAGCUUCAAGAGACGCUAAUUUUUUCUGAAAAGGAUAUAUUGAAGAUGGAAUUCGAGGAUGUCGAUUUCGAACCUAUUCAGCAACCUGGAAAACCGAGAUUGAAUACCUCAGGCAGAAGUUUUAGGACAGACAUCGAUAUAUCCGCUAACUCUGCAUUCCACGAGAGGGAAUUGCAGAAAUGGGUCCCGGAUGAAGAUACUGAUGCAAGGUUGACUGAUGGUUUGGAGGAUGUUGACUCAAACGUCCAUUGGGAUCAAUUCGAAGUGAACGAACGUAAAUUUGGUAUCCAGUCCACUUACGACGAGGAUUUGUACACCACAAAAAUCUCUAAAGAUGCGCCAGACUACGAACAAAGGUUGAAGGAAGCUGAGAAAAUAGCAAGGGAAAUUGAGUCUCAAGGCCACAAUGGUAAUAUACACCUUGCUGAGGAGAGAGGAAUUAUAGUAGAUGAUAGCGGAGUUGACGAAGAAGACAAAUAUUCACGUGUUGCCAGAGAGCCUGUCUCUCAGAACGAGGGUGAUGCAUUACUAUUAGGAAUGUUGAAGGCUAAUACCAAAGUUCAUAAGACUGAAUUGAGAUCGGCUGCCACAGGCAAGUACGUACCUCCUAGAAAUCGUGGUGCCAACUUUCAUGGUGAUCCUGCCAUAGUUACCAGCUCAGCCACUGAACACAAAAAAGAUUCUACUUUCGAGUCAUCGGUUGGCUUGGAUUCACAUGAUCACGGCUCUAGUGACCACCAGACACAAGCUUCUCACUCUGAGCGCCUGAGAAACACAACAACUGAAAGCAGGAAGCUCAAUCACAAGAAUGAAAUCAAUUCCUUACGAGAAUUCUCGGCAACUUUCAAAGUGCCAUCAAAGAUUCCUCCAGAUUUACUUCCUAUACUUUCGAAAGAUAAAGAAAAACAGAACGAGAUAAUGAAAAAAAGAAGAAGAAGAAGAAGAAGAAGAAGAAGAAGAAGAAGAAGAAGAGGAAGCAGAAAAAGAAGAAGAAGAAAAAGAAGAAGAAAAAGAAAAAGAAGAGGACGAAGAGGAAGAUCACUCGAGAACUGCGGACAUCAAUAUCGAUUCCAAGACCCCUACCCCUAUUUUGAGUAA